UUUUCUCUCCCAUUUCUAGUCUCUCUCUCCUCCUUCGCCCCCGAAGAAAACUGCAAUAUACAUACGUAUUCGUAUACCAUAUGCGAUUUACCUACAUUUAUACUUACUAUAUAUAGUAAUAUAUAUUGAUCAGCAUUUCCGAAGUUUUUAAUUUUUUUUUUCCAAAUGCUUAAUUCGGAGAUUUGGUUUCGAAAUCUGACUGCGCUAGAUUCCGGGGAAGUUGUACUCUCCAGUAAUGAUUCUUCGAAUUCGAUUGGACUGUUCAAUGGAGGAGGGUUGUUUCUGGAGGAUUCGGUUCCGGCAUCGUUCGUAUCGUCUAUCACUAAUCGGAGAUAUUCCGCGUCAUCCUUGAAUACUGUUUCGUGUGCUGCUCGGAGUGAUCGGCGCAGAUGGAUCGGAGUGGAGGCUUCCCGGCGGGGCGGUGGAGGAAUGUUCUUGUCUGUGACUCUGUCGGUUAGAGGAGGGAACGGAGGGAUUGGUGAGGACUCGAACGAGAUUUUGGAGCGGAGUGGGGAGAAUGACGUGGUAAGUGAAGCGGAGGUGUUGCCGGAGAUUGAGAAUGAGAAGGUAGAGAAGCCGGGGAUUCGCAGUGGAAGUCAGCAGGCUUUGAACGUUACGAAGCAUCUUUGGGCUGGAGCUGUUGCUGCCAUGGUUUCAAGAACCUUUGUUGCACCACUGGAGAGACUGAAGUUGGAGUACAUGGUUCGUGGUGAACAGAAGAACCUUUUGGAGCUUGUCAGGAAAAUUGCAACCACUCAAGGGAUCAAGGGAUUUUGGAAAGGGAAUUUUGUCAAUAUUUUGCGUACUGCUCCUUUUAAGGCUAUAAACUUCUAUUCUUACGAAAAAUAUAGAGAUCAGUUGCUCAAAAUAUCUGGCAACGAAGAGGCAACUAACGUUGAGAGGUUUAUUGCUGGUGCAGCAGCUGGAAUAACAGCUACUGUCCUCUGCAUACCAAUGGACACUAUCAGGACAGUAAUGGUAGCACCUGGAGGGGAAGCCUUAGGUGGCCUAAGUGGUGCUUUCCGCCAUAUGAUCCAGACUGAAGGGUUCUUCUCUCUUUACAAAGGGCUAGUUCCUUCUAUCAUAAGCAUGGCACCGUCAGGUGCAGUUUUUUACGGUGUUUAUGAUAUUUUGAAAUCAGCUUAUUUGCAUUCACCAGAAGGGAGGAAGCGACUUCAAAAUUUGAAGAAACAAGGUCAGGAACUAAAUGCCUUGGAACAACUGGAGCUGGGUCCAAUUAGAACUUUGAUCUAUGGGGCCAUUGCCGGUUGUUGUUCUGAAGCUGCAACAUAUCCCUUUGAAGUUGUAAGAAGACAGCUUCAGAUGCAGGUCCGGGCUACAAAGAUGAGUGCACUGGCAACUUGUGCGAAGGUUGUUGAGCAAGGUGGCAUUCCUGCACUUUAUGCGGGACUGACUCCCAGCUUGUUGCAGGUUUUGCCAUCUGCUGCUAUAAGCUAUCUUGUGUACGAGUUCAUGAAGAUAGUUCUCGAAGUGCAAUAAGUUACGAAAAUUUUAAAAAAGUUUCAUCUUCCUAGGUUGGUGGGCAUUUACUAACAAGUGGAGUUUAAUGAAGGUUGUUUGCACUUGGUUAUUGGAAUCAUACAUCUGAUUUUAGAGGCUUAAGAGAUACUUACUGCAAUUUCUCAAGGAGAAAAAUAUAAGUUUUAACUGGGAUUACGGAGACCCCAUUGCACCAAAGGGCUGAAUUUAUGUCCCUGAUCGAGCUGAGUUGUUUUGGUUUGGUUAGUGAUAUCUGAUUUAGUUUUUUUUUUCCCCCACAUAGAAGGCUUUGAGCAGCUGGGGCUUAGAUAUAAUUUGUUUUCUUUGAGAGUCUGUUAUUUGCGAGAUAACAGCAUUGUAAUAUAUAACUGCUGGGGUUACACCAGGAGCAAGAGAACUGAAAACUUGUUACUUUGGAAUGAAUAAAAUGAGUUAUUGUGGAA